AAAGGCUAUCACUGCAUAUGCUGAGAUAUGGUGGUGUGUUGCCUUUCUACUGCUGGAACUUGAAUUAUGGUGUUGAUCAGUCCCCCAAGAAGCUGUACGUAGGCACUGGGGAGAGAGUUGGUCAUGAUGGAGCUCCACAAGCAAAGGAUCUGGAAGAAGAUCUCUUAAACGAUGUUUGCAGGGAAGUAGUCGAGAAGUGGUCUGAAUCUCAAAUUGUUGACGCCAAAGAGAAAAAAGAAGAUGAGAUCCAAGCCAUCGCCAGCAUGAUGGAGAAGCAGGCCAAGAUUGUGGUGAAGCCAAAGAAGGUCUCCCAGGAAGAGAAGCAAAGGAAAGCUGCCCUCCUGGCCCAGUAUGCCAACGUGACAGAUGAGGAGGAUGGUGAGGAUGAACAGGAUGGAUCGAUUGCGACAGCAGUAAAUAUUGGAUCGGAAAAAUCGCUGUUCCGAAACACCAAUGUGGAGGAUGUCUUGAAUGCCAGGAAACUGGAACGGGAGCUGCUGCGAGAUGAGUUCCAGAAGAAAAAAGAGCAAGAUAAACUCCAGCGAGAGAAGGAUAAGCUAGCCAAGCAGGAGCGGAAGGAAAAAGAGAAGAAAAGGACACAAAAAGGCGAACGGAAGCGAUAGCUAGGGUUUUUUGGUUGGACUCUCGAGGGAUAAAAUUAAUUGCGAAUAUUGUGUGUG